AUGGCUGCCACAUCCAUAACCAACCUGUUCUCUUUCUUCACACCCUCAAAACCACCAUCUGCUCCGACCAAAGCUGCGCCGUUCCAACUCCCCCUCUCCUCCUCCGCUGCCACCACCACCACGGAAGACCGGUGGGCCCCACUAGUCUCCUCAAAUGAACUCCAAACAAAUACAUUCUCCUCCCGCUCUUCUGACGUCAUUUCCGUCGUGUGCCCAUCCCUCGCGUACGCUAACACCCUCUUCUUCCGGUCGGCGUAUAAUGUCCAGGUUAUCGUCGAUGACAACGAGCCGGAGGAGAAGCUACUCGGUCGGUUCCGAAGGGAGGUUAUGAGAGCUGGCGUCAUUCAGGAAUGCAAGCGCCGCCGCUUCUUCGAGAACAAGCAGGAAGAGAAGAAGCGCAAGACCCGCGAGGCUGCCAAGCGCAACCGUCGCAGGCGCCCUCAAUCAAGAAACUUCACUCAAGAUAGACAAAAUACAUCCGGGAACAAGAAGAAAGAGGAGGAAGAUAACUGGGAUCUUCCUGAAGGCAACCUUCCCUAUUAA